AUGUACGAUCACAAGGAGUCGGGGCUGCCGCAGUUUCUUGUGAUCGUGCUGGCGGUGGUAGUGACGCAGGCGGUCCUUGUGACCCGCAGCGACAAGAACUUGUGCGGAGCAGAGAAGAAUGUUAAAGCAAGUCCUGUGUCCUGGGAUUUAGGAGAACACCCAAGGAAUAAGAGUCAGCAGAGCAAUUCUAUUCACAUGAUACUGCAACAUAAAUAUUUGAUGCUCCUGCGUCUAAAAGCUACUUAUGCAAGUGAUAAGAAGGUGGAGAAAGUGAUGGUGUUUGGGACAGUAAAUGUGGGAAGUCUCAGUGGUAGAAGCAUGGAACUAGUCGAUGUGAUGGAGCGCAGAAGUAUCGGUAAUGGAUAUAAGUUGUUUUACUAUGGUACGAACAACAGACGAAAUGGGGUUGGAAUCAUCUUGGACCCAGAGAUGAAGAAGAACGUAUUAGAAGUGAAUCGAAAAUUGGACAGGUUAAUGAGAGUCAAGAUACAAGUGGAAAAUAGGAUUAUCAACAUUGUCAGUGCCUAUGCGCCUCAAACAGGAUGCGAGGAAGAGGAAAAGGAAGAAUUUUGGGACAAUCUCGGACGUGUUAUACAGAAUGUACCACCAUUAGAAGUACUGUGGGUGGGUGGUGAUUUGAAUGGACGUGUGGGCGAAGUCAAUACAGGAUCUGGUGAGUGCAUGGGUAGGCAUGGAGUGGGUAUAUGUAAUGUCGACGUUGACCGUAUUGUAGGCUGGGUAACAGCAGGAGGUAUGGCAUUAGUCAACACAUACUUCAUGAAACUAGAACAACAGAAGAUUACCUACAAAAGUGGCAAUAAUAAUACACAGAUAGAUUGCAUAGCAUGCAGGAGGCAACAACUAAAGGAUGUAUUCGAUUGCAAAGUCCUACCAGGUGAGAAUGUGCAUAGGCCCCUAAUUUGCAAGAUCAAAAUUAAAACUAUCAAAUCCAUACAGCAGAAAGGAAUACGAAAAAUGAAAUGGUGGAAACUCAAAGAAAGUGAGUGUCGAGAGAAAUUUGUGUAA